AGAUGAGAUGGAGCAGUCCCCUGCAGUGCGUUCUGACUACUUGGUCUCAGGGAUUCGGACUCCGCCCGUGAGGAGGAACAGCAAACUGGCCACACUGGGCAGGAUCUUCAAACCAUGGAAGUGGCGGAAAAAGAAAAACGAGAAGCUAAAGCAGACGUCUGCAGUGCUGGAGAAGAAGAUGACGGCACGACAAGGUCGGGAUGAACUCAUUAAAAAAGGCCUUCUGGAGAUGAUGGAACAAGAUACCGAGGGCAAAGCCUGCACUGGUGAUGAUGCCACGAGAGCGACGCAGGGCAACCCUCCAGCUCCCGUGGGGCAGGCGCUUGCCUCGGAAGAGGAGCAGCAGGAGAGUACAACAGCAGCCACAAUGAAUGUGACCUCCACUGGUGAGGAGCUGCAUUUGGAUGAGCUGAAAGAAGAUGCAGCCAAGAAACCUUCAGCACCCACGGAAGAAUCAGAAGAUGCCAGCCUGCCAGCAUCUGAAGACAGUCCACUAGCCUUACUUGUAUCUGAAUCCACAGAUUCCCUCCAGAAACCACCAGAAAGAAACCCAGCACAGCUUCCCAGCCCUCCAUUGCUCCCAGCUCCACCACCUAAGGCAAUCUCCAAAAUCACAAAGGGGGUAACAGAAGGAAGUGAAGUAGAUGACCCAGCCAUGAAAUCUCCUCCUUCCACCAUCCUGAAGAAUUAUGUCAUUGUUGGUUCCUCCCAAAUCUCAGGACAAGCUGCCCUCUUCCAUCCCUCUGGCCAGAAGGGUUCAGAUCCUCAAGCCAGAGGACAGGUAACAACGCCAACCGGUUCCCCUCACCUGGCUGCCGUCCACCUGCCCUUACCUCCCAGCAGAGUCAUUGAAGAACUUCACAGGGCUCUGGCCACCAAACACCGCCAGGACAGCUUCCAUGGAAGAGAAAGCAAAGGCUCUCCAAAAAAAAGAGUGGAGGUGCGUCCGUCCAGAACAUCCAGCAUCGAGCGCAGCAAGGAGAAGGAGAACGCACUGACCUACAGCAGUGAGUCAGAGAACAAGCGGAAUUCGGUCAAAGAGUCGGAUGAGAACAAAGAAAACAUGAUCAUGAACUCAGAGCUCAAGGAAGACUCUGUUUUUUAUCAGGAUGAGGAAGUUUUGAAUGACUCCAUUAUUUCUGGCACUUUGCCAAGAAAAUGCAAGAAAGAACUGCUGGCAGUAAAACUACGAAACAGACCGAGCAAGCAGGAGCUGGAAGACAGGAAUAUUUUCCCAAGGAGGACAGAUGAGGAAAGACAGGAAAUCCGGCAGCAAAUUGAAAUGAAACUCUCCAAGUAA